AAUACUUUAAAAAUAUUCUACCUAUAAGCACUGUUUCGGAUUUAGAACUAGGUUUUACUUUGAAUUCAGAACUGGAAAUUUUUGAACCUACUAAAAAAUCUUUAAUUCAAUCAGCAAAAUUGAUGGGGCCAGAUGGGUUUAAAACUUCAGAUCAAGAAUUGUUGGAACCAGAUAGGCCUGAAACUUCAGAUCAAGAAUUAGAUGAAUUUGAACCAUUAAAUCAAAGUUCGUUAAUUGGGUCAGAAUUAGAAAAUCUUGCUUCUACAGAACUUCUCUUGUUAACUGAACUAGUAGAAUUGGUUACUGGAUCACGUUUUCCUUCUUGGUUAAUUGCUGAAUAUUAUGUUAAAGAGCAUGGUCAGCAAAGGGGAUUUGCUAUCAAUCGAUAUCGAGUUAGUUAUCACAAAGACUCUAAUCUAUCUAAUCGAAUUGUAAAAAAAAGAACACUUUCUUGUGAGUAUGCUAGAAUUCAUAAGCCCAAGAAGACAAAACUUAUAGAUCAGCAACGUAAUAAAGGGUUGAAAAAAACGAAUUGCAAGUGGCAUGUUAAUUUAUCUAAACCUAACAAUAGUGGUUUUGUACAUGUAACUUUUGUACAAUUAGACCAUAACUAUGAAUUGUUGGUUAAUAAUGCAAAAUUUACCACAAGAUUCAGAAAAUUUGAUCAGCCAAUAUUAGCCAAAAUUGAGUGUUGUGAACCGAAAGUUAUAUUGACUGAUAUGGAUUCGGCAAUAGAAGCUGCAUCCAAGCUUAGAACUGCAAAUUUCAAGCAAUUUAUUUGUGAUUUCUGGAAAAUGUAUAAUGCAUUAUGUGUAGAAGUUUUUAAGCAACGAUUUCAAGCUCUAUUGAAAACUUACCCUAGUAUUAAUAAAUAUCUACAAGAUCCACUUUAUUCAACAUGGCAUUCUUGGGCUCAUGCACAUAUAAGCCGUAUCUUUAUAGCUGGUAUGCAGUCAACACAACAUGUUGAAUCUAUCAAUGCGAUUAUACACCAAGCUGUUUCUUCUAGUUCAACUAUGUUAGAUGUAGUUGAAGCUUUGGAUUCCCGAAUGCAAAAAGAGGCUGCAAAUAAAGAUUUUUUAGCAUGGAAAUACAAAUUACCAACAUAUUAUCAGCUAUUUGUCGUGGAUAAUUUUUUAUGCGAGAAGUUACUUGUUGAAGAAGCUUUUAAAUUUACUGAUGAUCAGUUAAAUCAAAAUGAAUCCUAUGAAAAUCUGACUCCAAUUGAUAAUUCAGAAGAUAUCGAGUAUAUUGAAGACCACUACGAUUAUCGGCAAAUAUAUUUAAAAUCGCUAUUAAAUUCAGUUGAGAGAAAUUCAUUAAUGAUUGAAAGUCAAAAUGCUUUGUUUCACCCAAUACAAAUGCCAACAAGAUGGCUUCAAGAUGAACAAACUGUAUUUACUCCUAGACAUUAUGAUAAUAUUCAAGAAAAAGACAAUGAUCAGAGUGGUUUAGAUAACAUUAUAUUAGUAUAUAUUUCUGAAAAAGAGGCAAAGCUAAAUAAUGAGACGCAAUCAGAAAGAGAGAAUAUCCUUAAUAAAGAUAUGAAUUCAUAUAAUGUAAUAAAAUUGCCAGAUUGUCACAUUUACAAUGUGGAUAAUAUUAAAUAUCAAACAAAACAUAAGAGUAAAGGUAGGCCUGCUGGUAAACGAAUUGAGGCUUAUAAUAAAAAGGUAAAAAGUAGUAAUGUUGUUCAAAGAGAAAAUAUUUAUGAAAAACUUGAGAAUGCAGUAAGUAGUAGUAGUAAAAAUACUAGCAGACAUAAGUGUAGAUUAUGCAAUAAGACUAGGCAUUAUACACCUAGACGUUCUAGUAAGAAAGAUUAA